AUGGGACAGGAGACGUACCGAUGUGGUUUUGGCGGGGACUUCAACCGCCACGACCUCCUCUGGGGCGGAGAUGAAGUGUCGGACGAGGAGAGCACCAUCGACUUGGUGCUGGCAUCGGCGGAACUGGCGGACGAGUUGACAUCCUGCGUGAUUCAUCCAACAGAGCACGGAUCAGACCAUAGAGCGAUCCAGACGACCUUCGACAUUCGAGUGCCGGAGCGUACCUUUCCGCAGCGCCUGAUGCUCAAGAACGCGCCGUGGAUCGCCAUCGCAACCAGGGUCGAGGACGAGCUUCGGCCUCUUCCGUGGACUGUGGGGGUGCAGACGCAGGCGGAUCAGCUCAUGCGGGUGGUCACCAAGGCGCUUCGAGAUCUGACUCCUCGAGCCCAGCCGCUGCCAUACGCGAAGCGAUGGUGGACAAAGGACCUGACGCGACUCCGUCGGACGUACACGUAUUGGCGCAAUCAAGCAAGGGCGCAGCGAAGAGCCGGUCAAUCGCGUCCGGAUCUGGAGCAGCGCGCCAAGGAGGCUGCGAAGGAGAGCAACAUCUGGAGGGCUGCCAAGUAUCUGAAGCCUGGUACGGAGAUGACGGAUGACAAGGUGCCCCGCUGA